UUCUCCCUUGUUGUUCCCCCUCAGUCGUUGUAAAAAGUGAACUUAUGUAUAAAAUGCUAAAGUACUUGGAGUAGUAAUACUUUUUCCUCGACAGUACGAAGAAACUACAACUCCAGUGCUGCCUGACGCAGGUAUGAUGACGCACAUUUCCCGUAGUAACCUUUCCGGUCUGUCCGCUGGUGCGUUUGCGCCUCCUGCCUGGAGAGAGCGAGAGGUGGAGAAGAGUUCACUUUACUGGAGUUUAAGGUCUGGUGUCGGUGUCCGUCUGGAGUAAAGCGGUUGUUUGUGGCCAGGCACGAAGCCCCUGUACACGGAGCCAAGAUGCUGAACAUGUGGAAGGUCAGGGAGAUGGUGGACAAAGCAACCAACGUGGUGAUGAACUACUCAGAGUUAGAAUCUAAAGUCAGAGAGGCCACCAAUGACGACCCCUGGGGACCAUCCGGACAGCUGAUGACUGAAAUUUCAAGGUCCACUUUCAUGUAUGAGCAAUUUCCAGAGGUGAUGAACAUGCUGUGGACCCGCAUGUUGAGAGACAGCAAGAAGAACUGGAGGAGAAUCUACAAGUCUCUGCUGCUGCUGGCCCAUCUCAUCAGGAAUGGAUCAGAGAGGGUUGUAACUAGUACCAGAGAACAUCUGUAUGACCUGAAAUCAUUACAAAGCUACCACUUUGUAGAUGAGAAUGGGAAGGACCAGGGUGUGAACGUGCGUCAGAAGGUGAAGGAGCUGGUGGACUUUGUCCAGGACGAUGAGAGGCUGAGGGAAGAACGGAAAAAAGCAAAGAAGAAUAAAGACAAAUACAUCGGGGUAUCCUCAGACAGUAUGGGAUACAGAGGUUACUCAGGAGACAGGUACGACUCGAGCGAUAACCAAGGAAAGUGGGAUGACGACUGGGAUAGGAGUAAGGGGCCGUUCCCCUUCAGCGAGAAGUUUGGAGAGAUAAGCGACAAAAUUGGCAGCACCAUAGAUGACACCAUCAGCAGAUUUAGAAAGAAGGAGAGAGACGACUCACCAGAUCGAUUUAGUGACCACGAAGAGGAGCGGGGUCGUUCAUCUCAAAACGGCCAGUCUGGAAAAGAGUUCAAAGAUGAAGAGACUGUUACCACCAAGAGCGUACAGAUAGUUCAAGCAACAGAGACAACAGCAACACGCAAAAGAGGGGGCCCCUCCAAGAAAGUAGACUUGGGGGCCGCAGCCCACUACACAGGAGACGGAAGCCCGAGCACCCCCACCAAACAGCCCCAGCCAGCAGCAGCAGCUGCAGCAGCUGCCCCUCAGCCUUCCAGUAGCAGCCUAGCUGACCUACUAAUGGUUGACCCAACACCGAGCCAGCCCACUGCCACAGACCUUUUCGGGGGAUUUGCUGACUUCUCUUCACCUGCUGCUUCCGUAUGCCUCCCCUCAGGAUCUGCAACACCAGCCUCUAACAGUAAUGGAGAUUUUGGAGAGUGGAAUGCCUUCCCCGGAGGUCAGAUGCCAGUAUCCGGUCAGACUGCCGACACCAGCAAAAAUGACCUCUUUGGCACCAUUACAGCAGUUCCUGCCACUGUCAUGGCACCCGUCCCAGUCUCAGCUCCCGCCUCAGCAGACCUGUUUGACUUGAUGGGUCCAACUCAGACCCUCAACUCCUCCCAGAGCCUCAACUUUAGCAUGAGCAGCACACAGAGCAUGAGCAGCACAAUCCUGCCCCAGUCUACAUCACAGCCCCUACAGAACAUGGGGGGUUCACUACAUCUGCAGCCUCUCCAGCCCUUCCAAUCUGUGCAGCAGGGAAUGGCCUCUCAAGGUGCUGGAGCCAUAGCGUCCCUCCCCUCCACCUGGUCGGACCACUCUGUUAACAUCAGCCUGGAUUUCUUGGGUCCAGGAAUUCAUCCCUCCAAGCCGAACCAGCCCAGUCUGAACACUCUCCAACAAGGUAACCAGGGCAACAUACUCUCUCAAGGAGUUUCUAGCAUGAGUCUUGGAACUACAGCAGUCAGACCGCCCGUAAAUCCCAUGAUGCACCCUGGUGCUGGAAUGGGCAUGGGGAUGGGCAUGGGAAUGGCUAUGACCCCCAACCAGAGUAUGAUGGCUAUGGGCAUGAACAUGGGGAUGCCACAGGGAGGUAUGACGAUGGGGAUGAAUCCUACAAUGGUCCAACAGCCCAAACAUGAUGCCUUUGCUGACUUCGGCAACUUUGGAAAGUGAUGGAUCUGGAGAGCAAAGAUUGUCAGGAGGAGCAGUGUGGGUUUCUUUCUUUCUAUCUAUUUCUCCCUCUCUAUCUCCGUCCAUUGGUGAAGGAUUGUUAUGAGCUGCAAACAAAGAGUACUUGAAUAAUGUCAACUAUUAUAAUACCAACACCCUGCAAUCUCCUUCUUUUGAAAGUAAUGCGGUAAUGAGGGCUGUUUGAACCAAUGAUGGACCAGGUCUGGGCUGGUGGUCAAACACACACACUGAUAGUGUGCCUUGAGUUAGUGAUGAAUUGGUCAGAAGAAGAAGGUGUGUGCCAGCAUGAGAAUGUCAGAGGUAUUUGCUUUAUAACCUCAAUCAAAUGAAAUCACCGGAAUAGCAAAAAAAAAAAAUAUCCAUAGCUGAAUAAUUUUUUUACUUCACUGUAUUGUGACUUUGGAUAACAUGAUCCUCCAUUUUAACUUUCUAAUGUAGUACAAUUUCAGAUUUACAAGUUACCUCUUUUUUGUCCCCGUUCUUCCUUUGACCUGUAAAUAUAAGUCCGGAGCCCUGAAAAAUAAGUUAUGAAGUUCCUAAUAGAAGAAGCAGUGACAAUGUGAAGGGUUGUAUCCUAAAGACCAAACGUGAUCUGACUUAAGACCUAUAACAAAGCACAUUGACACCUUCUGUUUGUACAUAAGUGUCCACACACUCCGGAUGUGGCUGUUAUAUUCCUCUGUCGGCAGCGCAGCAGUAACGUCAUGACUGUUUGGAGUGAAUGCUGUUGAUUAAUAUGUAGGAGUUUGUCCUUGAACAGCCCUUAGUUUUGUGGCCUUUCAUUUUGAUAUACUUAAAUAUAUAUCUAUAUAUUUUAUCUAAGAGAAAUAUUAUAAUCAGUUUGCAUCCAAAUGAGAUAAUCAGUAGGUAGAAAGAGCCUCAUACAGUGGGGUGUGGGUUCAUUAUUACAGCACAGAGUGCCUGAGAGACCUUUGCCUUUUCUCUUCAGUUCCCCUCUCUGGAGGAGACAAUGCGAGUGUUCAGUGUUGAGGACGUUGACCAGAACCGAGAUUCUGUACGAUGUACAAACAUGUGUUUGUACUUGCACCUCAAGCCAAGUUUGCUGUCUGUAGAUUUUUUUUUUUCCCCAUAUCUUUAUUCAAGUGCAUGUUCUUUAAGUUGGAGAGCAGGACUUACUGAUUCCUCAUUCAGAUAUUGCAAUCUUUUCACUCAAAACCCUGUGCUUGAAGCUGGAGUAUCGGGACUCUGAGGUUAAGUGCACAAUUUGAGCCCAAGCAGAGCAAAUGUGAGCACGAGCAGGGGCUAUUUGAGUGCAAGUGCAUGGUUUUGAGUGAAAGCAUUACAUAAUCUGAAUGUGAGAUCAACAAGUCUAGCUUUCAAACUGAAAAACCACACUAUAAAGAUAGUAGAAAACAUCUGUACAGAUAUCAGAUGCAGCUGUGUGAGCGUUUCAUUUGUUCUGUCCAAUGCAUAUCUGUAUUGUUCGGGCCAGUGAUUACUUCAGUUGUCGAGGGAAGUGGCACCUCCAGUGUUGAUGCAGACAGAGAGAUGGUUCCACACAUCUCUCUGUCGUCUAUUUAAAUGUUCCAACGGUGCAUCUUGGAUAAUGCUGCCUCCUCACUUUCCAUCUUUAUUAAUAUUACACAUUAAACACAGCAAUUUUGAAAACAUUGUCCUUAGUCCAAGUCUAUGUGUGUUGCGACUCAUCAGGUACGGAGAACUGUGAAAGGAAAGAGAGUGAGUUGCAGUAGGUUAAUUGUGGUUGGAUGAGGAUGUGUUGUGUAACAGACAAUGAAGCAACUUGUUCAGCUGUAGAGCAGCUACAUGAUCUGUGAGAUUCAAGUGCCUGCCGACAGUUGCCUCCUGACCCUUGUAAUGAGCGAUUGAUAAUAAGUAACUCUCGGCUGCCUGACAUAUUUGGUAUGUCAACGAUGAGCUGAAUAAUUCACCAGCCAGAGGAGCAGGCGGUGGAGUCUGUUGCCCCAGGAGAAUAGAAGUUGUGCUUCCCUAGUCUCCAAGGGCUCGACAAGCUGAGCACACUAACACAGAGUAGCCUUGCAUUGGAGUCUGAAGAAUUAAAAUGACCAAAAUCUGUUUGUUGUUUUAUUCAACUAUUUCAGUAGAUUGUUUUAUGCAUUUUUUUUUUUUUUUUACAUUAAAUCCUUUUGAUCUUGUCUAAAAUGGGAUUGUUACUGAGACAAUAGUAUAUGCAAAUGUACAAAAAAGAUUGAAAAUCGUUUUAGAGAAAAUAGAUUUUGGAUCAUUCCCAUUUUGAUUUGAUUUACACAUCGAGAUUCUUUAUCUACAACAUUAAACAGUUGAUUGAAAUUC